AUGAAGGACCGCCUGGAGGAGCUGCGUCAGAGGGCCCAGGGUUUUCGGGAGGUGAGCAGAGAGACAGAUGAUACACCAUUCCCUGGGGAAGAUGCUGACCCAGAUGCCCCAUUGGGGGUUAAGUUCGCCACCCCGCAGCAGGCUGUGGUGUUCGAGCAAGAACCGGUCCUGCACAACUUCCUGUCCGAGGCUCAGCAUAUCCGCGGUGACAUCACUGAGCUGGAAACGGAGGUGAAGAAGUUCAGCCAGCAACAAAGGACCCUGGUGGCGACCAUGCGUCGUUUCAGUGUGAUGAAGAAGGACAGUGAUGUAACGAGGGACAUCAAGCUGCAGGCAGAGAGCAUCCACAGACGGCUGGACGCCCUCUCCAAGAAGGCACAGAGUUUAGAAGACAUGCAGGGACUGGCUACAGCCACUACACGCAUUCAACGCUCCCAACACGCAGCGCUACACAGACAAUUCCAACAGGUGAUGUGUCUGUACAACAACUCCAUCCUCAGUAAACAGGAGCAUUGUAAAAACUUCAUCAUCCGCCAGCUGGAGGUGUUUGGUCGUGACGUCACCGAGGAGGGAGUCGAUGAAAUGGUUGCCACAGGGAAGUGGGAGGUGUUCAACCAGAACCUCCUCAAUGACGAACGCAUCACACGCGCUCAGCUGUCCGAGAUCGAGCAGAGACACAAGGAGCUACUGAAUCUGGAGAGCAACAUGAAGGAGCUGAGAGAACUGUUUGUGGAUAUCUUUAUGUUGGUGGAGGAGCAAGGAGGCUACAUAGACAACAUCCAGACCAGCGUAGAGAAGACACAGGACUACGUCACCGUCACUAACGAGAAAUUGAAAAUGGCCACCAGGUACAAGAAGAAGAACCCUCUAAGGAGACUGUGCUGCUGUUGCUGCCCCUGGAGGUGCUGCACAUAG